GAUGUUUUCGAUAGCUCAGUGCGGGUAAUGAUUCGAGACGGUUGACAGAAGUGUGACACACCGUUCGUUUUUUUUUCACUUUGCUUAAUGUGUAUUAAAAUAAUUACUGUGUGAAUUUGAAUCAACUUUAAAAAUGUUGGUUUUCUGUGAUAUUACCAAUACCAAACUCGUCACUCUUACAUUUUUAUUGGUGUCUGUGUGGUGCAAUGGUGCAAAUGGUGGUGCACUAACACUUACAAAAGAGAAUUUUGAUAUGACAAUAGCUUCAAAUGAAUUAGUGUUUAUAAACUUUUAUGCAGAUUGGUGCCACUUUAGUAAUCUAUUAAGUCCUACUUUUGACGAGGCAGCUGAUAAAAUAAAAGAAAAAUUUUCUCAAUUAGGACAAGUAGUUGUAGGUAAAGUCGACUGCGAUAAACAAGAAACCAUUGCGUCUAGGUUUCAAAUCACUAAGUAUCCCACAUUAAAAUUGGUAAGAAAUGGCCAACCUGUGAAAAGGGAAUACAGAGGUCAACGAUCAGCGCAAGCAUUUCUUGAUUUUAUUGAAAAACAAUUGGAAGAUCCAAUCAAAGAAUUUCAUGAUUUGAAGGAUUUAAGCAAUCUUGAUAAUAAAAAAAGAAUGCUGAUUGGUUAUUUUGAUAGAAAAGAUGUUCCUCAAUAUGAAACUUAUCGACGAGUUGCUACAAAUCUUAAGGAUGACUGCCAGUUCCACGUUGGUUUUGGCAUUUGCGCCAAUGAAAAAUGUGAUUUAGGACAAGUCUAUUUACAUUUAGAAGCAAGUAGGGCCAUGCAUCCGCCAGGUGAACCAAUUAUUGUCUUCCGUUCGGAUAAAGCUCUUUCCAAUGACGAAGAUGAGAUUUUCAAAGGCAAUUUAAAUAGUUUCGAUGAACUUCAUAUUUGGGCGCAACAAAAAUGUGUACCUCUCGUUAGAGAAAUUACUUUUGAAAAUGCUGAAGAAUUAACGGAAGAGGGUCUACCGUUUUUAAUUUUAUUCCACGCACCCGAUGAUGUUGAAAGUAUCAAAGAGUACAAAGAUAACAUUGCAAAUACAAUGGCGAGCGAGAAGCAAAAUGUCAAUUUUUUGACGGCCGACGGUGUUAAAUUUGCACAUCCGCUACAUCAUUUAGGAAAAUCAAAAGAAGAUUUGCCAUUGAUUGCAAUCGAUAGUUUUAAACACAUGUAUCUAUUUUCAAAUUUCAAGGACAUGCAUAUACCUGGAAAAUUAAAACAAUUCCUCGAUGAUUUACAUUCAGGGAAAUUACAUCGUGAAUUUCAUUAUGGUCCCGAUCCUGAACUUGAUCCAAUGCAAUUGAUUGCCGAUCAAGGAAAAAUUCCAACAACGCCGCCUGAAUCCACAUUUAAAAAACUUGCGCCAAGUAAAAAUAGAUACACACUACUUCGUGAUGAAUUGUAAAUGGCAAAAAAAAAAAAUCAAUUUAAAGUCAGUUUUUUUAAAACUUGUACUGUCUUUUUGAAACAAGCAAAAGAAACUGGAAAUCUUUUUCCAAUUUUUUUAAAUCGAAAAAUGAAAGUGAUGCAAUGGAAAGGGCUUUUCGCGAUUAAGUAAUUUAAUAUUAUUUAAAUUAAUUAAUCGUGAUUUGUUAAUAUUAUUUAUAUAUUUUCAAUGCCAGUUUUUUUGGACUGCAAUGAUGAAUUAUUUUCUCUUUUUUUUUCUGCAGAUUUUAUUAAUGUCUGCAUUUUAUUAAACAUUUACAGUCCAUCGAGUGUCGAUAUAUAUUAUUAAUAAGUAAACUCGACACAAAUGUAUAAAGGUAUAAAUUAUAAAUUGUAAAAAAAAAAAAAUAAUUAGUUUGUCCUAGUGCCUCGUUUUAGAGCCGAUUGACUAAGGUGAAUGAAUCGAGAAGGAAGUAUAUUUCCUUAAUUGUGAUUUAUUUUCCUUUAUUAGCUUACAUAUAUAAAUAUAUUUGUAUAAUCAAAUUCCAUUUAUUGAGAAACAAUAAUCUGCCAAUUUUUUUCCACUUUUCUUUUUAUAUACAUAAAUUAAGUCUUCAUUAAAGACAAAAAGGACUUAAUUUAAAUAUAAUUUAUAGAAAUUGUUUUAAAAAUAAAAAAAAAGAACAUUUGGAUAUUUGAAGGAUAUUUUCUUCGUAAAAAUUUUCUCCAUAAAAAAAACAAAAACAAAAUUUCCUCGGAAUAUUAAAAAAAAAAUUUUUCGUAGAAAAUUUUCUUCAUAAAACUAAAAAAAAUAUUUUCAACGUUAAUAAUUAUUGUUAUUGAUUAGUUUAAUAUUGUUUACUGAUUUUUUUUUUCUACAAGUUACUGUUAUACAUUUUAAGCUCAACAUUUUUUAAUGGAAAAUUUACUUUUGUUGAGGAGCAUUUGGAAUAAAGUUGAUAAAUUUUUUUCAAAUUGAUUUUUAUAUAAAUUUUUUUUUUCAAAUGGAAAAAGAUGAAAACAUUUUUUUGUACGCUCCUCAAUUUUAAACAAGAGUUUAAUAAUUUAAUUUUUCUUAGAAUUUUAAUAUAAAAGUUGUAAUAAUAAUUUAUAUAUAUAUAUAUAUAUAUAAUUGAAGCACAAUAUGCAUUUUUUGUGAAUAACACAGGAGAUUUUUUUUUUUUUUUUUUGUCAUUGGUUUUGGAAAAUUAUCUUCUCUAUAGAAAAAAAUUACGAAAAAAAAGUGUGUUGUGUGGAAGUAAAUUUUUUGAAGUGAUAGGGUGUGGGUUUUCUUUCUCAGGGGGUGUAUUUUAUAGAGACCAUUCCAUUGGUAGCAUAAUUAGAAUCUAAAAAAAAAAAAAAAUUAAAGAAACAAAUCGAACUUUGCAAUCGAUGUAUUGGUACUCGUGUAAACUAUUGUAUGCGUGAACGAUGGUAUUAUAUUUAUGUUAAUAAACACUUUCUAAGUCAGUGAUUCAUACGAAA